GGACAAGCUGCCAUGGAACUGAGGUGUGGGAUGAGGACCACCAAGUGCCAGCUGCUGGUGACCAGCCUCUGUGUCAUGCUGCUGGGGCUCUCCAUCGCCACGCUGAGCACAGUCGCCCACUAUGGGCUCCGUUUCACCCUCAUCAGCAACGUCUCCCUGGACAGCAAUGCCUACAAGGUCAUCCACCACUCAGCUUUCUACUUUGGGAUCUGCCUGAGCAUGACCCUGAUUCUGGCAGCCCUGCUGAGCUCCGCUGCCACUGUGCGGGAAUCGCGGUGCCUCACCGCCAUGGGAUUUUUCUGUUUUGCUCUGGCCUUUUGUGGAUUGAUCCCAGCUGCCUGCUGGAGAUACACACACAGCACGGAGGUGGAAGACAGCAUGAUGGAUGUGUAUGAUUUCGUGUACGAGGAGGUGAGGAGGAACACCUCCAGCUUCAGGAGACAUGAACUGACUGCCAUCCAUGAAGCAUUCCUUUGCUGUGGGAAGCACUCUCCUUUUGGGGACACAACCGAUGUCGAGAACAAGACAUGCCCACCUGACCAAGUGCACAAUGAAGGACAGGACUGCCUGCGAGAGAUCCAGGACUUUGUGAAGAAGCACAUGGACUUUGUCUUCUCGCUCCUGGGCAUCGCCAUUGGUUUCACGGUUUAUGGGAUGUUCCUAACUUCAUUCCUUUGGUUCUCCAUCCACUUCAGCAGCAACCUGUACCGGAAAGGCAAAUACACCCUGCGGGAGAGGUAGAAGCCUGAUGCCUGGGCAUUCCUACCAGGCAAAGCCAGCUCUUGGCACAGAAGAUGUCUGAAGUCACCCACAAAAUGCCCUGGGAAGGUAUUGUGUGGGGUCAGGUGAUGGGAUAUGUGUCACACAUUUCCCUUUCCUGCACUACAACUGGGCUCAGAGAUGCAGAUUCCCUCAAUGGGAGAUGUACGGGCUGUGGCUCCACAAGAAGGACACAAGGAGUUCUUUACAACCAAAUGGAGAGAAAAGCCCAGCAAAAAUCACAGCAUUAAACCAAACUUCUCUCGUGCUUUCAACUGAGCAGUUCCCUGUGACCCCCAAAGAUGCAAUGUUUCUAGGAAGAUGGCUUUGGAUCACAGCCCAGGACCAAUGUUGCACUAUCAGUAAAUAAAUGACAGGAAGUGUGUCACCACUGAUGCGAAAUGUGCUCUCGCGGAGUGGAACUUGCAAUGAUUAAUUUUGGGCAUUUUUCUGAUCAUGCUGAGGUAUAUAGGCAUCCAAUGCUGUCAGCUAGUUUUCUCAUUUUCAA